UCCACGCGGAGGAGGAGAGGGUGAGGUGUGCAUGGCACGAGAGUGGAAGUGACAUUCUGAUUUUUGGGAAGCAACAAGGUCACUCACCUCACGGUGCCACGCGCAGGUCCGUCCACAAGCCCGCGGUCUGUGCGUAAAAGCGCACAGCCAAAGCAGAACUUUACGCGCUCCCAGGAGACGGCUUCCCUCUCGCUCCUCCGGCCGGUGGCGGUGUGUGAGACCUUCCCGUCGGCCAGUCGGUGACUUUCACACCCGGUUCCGCUGCGUUGAGGCCGGUACCAUCCAGAGCCCCGGGUCAUCCAUGAGGCUAGAGGCCGCGGCCAGGAUGGACGUGUUCAGGAAGCUGUGGAAGGCGCGGAAGCUGAUCCUCGUGGUGUUCAUCCCGCUGUCCCUGCUUCCCUUACCGCUCAUCCACCCCACCAGCGAGGCCUGCUGUGCGUACGUGCUCAUGGUGACCGCAGUGUACUGGGUGUCCGAGGCUGUCCCCCUGGGUGCUGCCGCUCUGGUGCCAGCCUUCCUCUAUCCGCUCUUUGGGGUCCUCAAGUCCAGCGAGGUGGCAGCGGAGUACUGCAAAGACACCACGCUGCUGCUGAUGGGCGUCAUCUGCCUGGCCGCCUCCAUCGAGAAGUGGAACCUGCACAAGCGCAUCGCUCUGCGCAUGGUGAUGAUCGCGGGGGCCAAGCCGGGCAUGUUGGUGCUGGGCUUCAUGUGCUGCACGGUGUUUCUGUCCAUGUGGCUCAGCAACACGUCCACCACGGCCAUGGUGAUGCCCAUCGCCGAGGCCGUCCUGCAGCAGCUCAUCUGCACCGGUCUGGCCGACGGACACAACGACUCGGAAACCGCCGAGGCCCCCGAGGACGACAGCGCUGUUUUAGAAAAAGAAGAGAACUUUGACAAAAACCAGCUGGAGCUGCUCUAUCGCACCGGCAGCGACUGCAGCAAACACAAACAGGAGCUCGGCACGCUCAGCGAGGUGCAGAUCGUGGAGUCCAACGGUCUGGCUCUCAUCAGGCACACCAACGGACACCUGCCGAAGGUUUCCAUCGAUAUCCCGAAUGUGAAGCGGGUGAAGACCAGGAGGGACUCCCAGUAUCCCACCAAGAGGGAUCACAUGAUCUGUAAAUUCCUGUCGCUCAGCAUCACCUAUGCCGCGACCAUCGGCGGCCUCAUCACCAUCACCGGCACGUCGACCAACCUCAUCUUCGCUGAGCAGUUUAACACUCGUUACCCGGACGCCAAGGUGAUCAACUUCGGCACGUGGUUCAUCUUCAGCUUCCCCAUCGCCAUCAUCAUGCUGAUCCUCACCUGGCUGUGGCUGCACUUCCUCUUCCUCGGCUGCAACUUCAGGGAAACGUGCUCGUUGAGUAAGAAACGCAAGACCAGGAGAGAGAUGCUGUCGGAGAGGAGGAUCCAGGAGGAAUACAUCAAGCUGGGCCCCAUCAGCUAUCCAGAGGUGGUGACGGGUAUCUUCUUCAUCCUGAUGACCCUGCUGUGGUUCACCAGAGAGCCUGGCUUCGUGCCCGGCUGGACAUCUCUUUUUGAGAAGAAAGGCUACAGGACCGAUGCGACCGUGUCGCUCCUCCUGGGCUUCCUGCUCUUCCUCAUCCCUGCAAGGCGACCCUUCUCCUCUUCCUCCUCUUCCUCCUCCUCCAGGAACACAGCGCCUGACGACAACUCGGACCCCGACCCGCUGGCCCCCAUGAUCACCUGGAAGGACUUCCAGAGGCUGAUGCCGUGGGAGAUCGUCAUCCUGGUGGGAGGCGGCUAUGCCCUGGCUGCUGGCUGCAAGGUGUCCGGCCUGUCGGUGUGGAUCGGCAGGCAGCUGGAGCCCAUGAGCGGUCUUCCUCCGUGGGCCGUCACCCUGCUGGCCUGCCUGCUGGUGUCGGCGGUCACCGAGUUCGCCUCCAACCCGGCGACUCUCACCGUCUUCCUGCCCAUCCUGUCAACGCUGUCAGAGACUCUGCGCAUCAACCCGCUCCACACUUUGAUCCCGGCCACCAUGUGUGUGUCGUUUGGGGUCAUGCUUCCAGUGGGGAACCCCCCCAACGCCAUCGUCUUCAGUUACGGCCACGUGAAGAUCAGCGACAUGGUGAAAGCCGGCUUCGGGGUGAACCUGAUCGGCGUGGCGGUGGUGAUGUUGGCCGUCACCACGUGGGGGGUUCCCCUCUUCAACCUCAACGAGUUCCCGGACUGGGCGGUGGCCAGAAACGUCACCGGGGUCUUAUAAACACUGGCGGUUUUUUGGAGGGAUGAAUCACCGGAAUAGAGAGAGAGAUUCUGUAAGGAGAGACAACUAGGAAAUGAUGCAAGAGGACAGUGUUGCUCAGUCCAGUCCUCUCGGAUUAAACUGGACCUGAGGGAGGAUGAAGAGAAGAAGAAGAAGAAGAAGAAGAAGAAGAAGAAGAAGGGAGCGGAGAACCAUUUCCUGUUGCCUCGAUGUAAUAAUCAGGAUGAUAAUUGUUUUGGUCGCACGUGGAGCUCUGACUCCAGCGAAAUAAAAAAUAUAUUUUCACCUCCGCCAACGAAGUUUAAUGGAGAUCCUGUUUUUCAACCAAUCACAGAAGACGUUACGAAAAGCAACACAAAAAUAUGUUUCGGGUGAUAUUUUGUUAAGCGAUUUAGAAUAGAACCAGAGCCACAUCACGGCCUCCUCUGUGGAUUAGUUUGAUAUUGAGAUAGAAAUAAGCUACAGGGCUGCUGUAAAUUAGUCUAUGUUUUUGUUCUGCAUACACAGAGCGACUCGUCAUCAUAUAUGUAGAACUCACACGAUACGACAUCUGUUUUUAAAAGAGCGAAACGCUCGUGUCCUGUCUGGAUGCUCUCAGCAUUGCUUUGGAAAUCGAGGCGUCCUAAUAUGUGCCUGAGUGUCUUUUACCAAAGUUUCUGGAGCUGAUCGUGCGGCUCGAUCACGACGUGGAACAAGCGCCUCGCGGUACCGCCUCUUGUCAUAUCACACGUUCAGCAUGGACCCGUCUGUCUCCUGUGGGAAUCAAACCUCCAACCCUGAGUGUUGCUGCCUUGCUUUAACCAGGAGCUUGGUUCACUCCCAUCUAUCCUCCUGAAAUGAUGGAGAGCAGGAGUGAAGGAGCUUGUCACUGAGACCGUGAGGAGUGAACGCCGCACUGUAUUUAAGGUGUAAAACGUCCCGCGCUGGUCGGCGAAUCAAACCAACAUGUAUUUGAAGUCAAUUGGAUUUCUGAGCUUCCGCUUCUCUUGGAUGAGACGCUCCUGUCAUUGUUCUGUGUCUUCAGCCGGGUGCUUUCAUCCUCUCCUUAAUUACUUCUUUGCCUUCAGCAUUUACUUUUUUUGGGGGGGUCAUACUGAAUACAUCUGAAAACGUCAUCAUUAGAAGAUGAAGUCAUAAACUCAAGAGUAUUUUUGCUGGUUUGAGGUCACAAGGUUUAUAUGCAAACAUGAUUUAAAUGUUUAAUUGCACGUCAGCCGCUAGAAAACGGCGUUAUUAAGAAUCAAUAGCCUGUUCAUUGAUCACAAAAGCGUAAAUGUGUUUUAUGAGGUUUUUGUCAAGCAGCGGGAUGUUUGUCCGAGGUCAGGCGGCGAGACUUUUACUCCCAGCGUGUGAGGAAUACCAAGAAAUGCAGAUUUGGGAGGCUGCAAUGGUGCCUUCAAGUUUCACUUUGUUGAUGAAUGUAUUUGAAGGAGAGGAGGCAGCACAGGGAUGAUUUCUCAAUCAACUGUCAGAUCACAACUGUUGUGCGACGUGAAAAGGUUUGCACACGACAUUCACUGCACUGUGCAACAAUAUUAAAGAUGUGCUUUUUAUUUUGUACCCAAUUUAAUUGCAAUUAUUUUUAUAUCACUGCAUUGAAAGUGUAGUUCCCUCGUGUGGGCAACAACAAAACAUCGACCGCUUUUAUUUUGUAAUUUAUUCCGUUCUACUGAAGGUUUGACACAUCGUGACGGUGUUGCAGCCGUGACCUUUGACCCAGGGGCCACACGUAUUUUGUAAAUACAUAGAUUUGUAAAAUAAAGCCCGUUUCCGAAUGAGCUGUAAUAUUCCGAAAUUAUGUGUCGUCUUGAUGUCUCGUCAGACAGAAAACUAGAGGUAGGAUGAUGCAACAUUAUACACACAACAAUAAAAAAACACUUAAACCGCCAA